ACAGUACCGGUAUUUUUGUUGUGAAAAUAAGAAAUUUUUUAAAGACCCUCUUACGGCAUUGACCCAAAUGGGAUUUUUAUCUCUUUAAUUCUUUUAAAGAAAAUUUUAUAUUCCUUGAAAAUGAGUGGCGGUGUGUAUGGAGGAGAUGAAGUUGGUGCCCUAGUUUUUGAUUUUGGACAUUAUUCUAUUCGGGCUGGAUAUGCUGGUGAAGAUACGCCAAAAGCUGAUCUUCCAACUGCAGUUGGCGUCAUUGAUGAAAGUUCUGGCGAGUCCAUGGAAAUAGAUGGAAAUACAAAUACAAGUAGUGAAAGUACUUCUCAAAAAAAAUACUUCAUUGACACCAACAGCAUCCAUGUUCCUCGUAAGGGGAUGGAAAUUGCAUCAUUUUUGAAAGAUGGAAUGAUUGAAGAUUGGGAUCUAUUCGAGCGUGUUUUAGAUCAUGUGUACAGCAAACAUAUAAAGUCAGAACCUCAUUUACAUCCUGUUUUAAUGUCUGAAACUUCUUGGAAUGCUCGAGCAAAACGGGAAAAGCUCACAGAACUUAUGUUUGAGAAGUACAACAUUCCUGCUUUUUUCUUGAGUAAGAAUGCUGUACUUGCAGCAUUUGCUAAUGGGCGAUCGACCGGUAUUGUUGUAGAUAGCGGAGCCAGUCAGACAUCAGCUGUACCAGUUCACGAUGGAUAUGUUCUCGCUCAAGCAAUUGUUAAAUCUCCACUUGCGGGAGAUUUUGUGUCAAUGCAGUGUAAACAGUAUUUUGAAGAGAAUCAUAUAGAAAUUGUUCCACCUUGCAUGAUAGCAUCGAAGGAAGCCGUCAAGGAAAACGACACGCCUAAAUGGGUGAGGAAGCCCAACUUGCCUGAGGUUACAAAAUCAUGGAAUAAUUAUAUGAUUAAGGAAGUAUUGCAAGAUUACCAAAGCUCUGUUUUGCAAGUGUUUGAAACCCAAUUUGAAAAAGAAGCUGUGGAUAAUAUGCCGAACGUCCAUUAUGAAUUUCCAAAUGGUUACAACCAAGAUUUUGGCUCUGAACGCUUCCAAAUUCCUGAAGCCCUUUUUGAUCCUUCAAAUAUUAAAGGAAUUCCUGGGACUACUACAAUGAUGGGAGCUGCCCAAGUUGUUACAACUAGCGUGGGCAUGUGUGACAUUGAUGUGCGUCCCAGUCUUUACGGUGGAGUAAUUUUAACUGGAGGUAAUACUUUGAUUCAAGGUUUUACUGAAAGACUGAACCGAGAUUUGUCUGCUAAAACACCUCCUAGCAUGAGAUUAAAAGUUAUCAGUUCCAACAAUGCUGCAGAGCGUAGAUUUGGGUCAUGGAUUGGUGGGUCAAUUUUGGCAUCUUUAGGCACAUUUCAACAGAUGUGGAUAACAAAGCAGGAAUAUGAUGAAGGGGGAAAGACGCAAGUUGAAAGGAAAUGUCCAUGACAGUCGCCAUUUUCAAGCUGAAAAAGUUUGAAAGAUUCUGGAAUUUACUUCAAUGACUGGAUUAAUCAUAUAUUCAUAUACAUAACUUCUUUUGAAGAAGUAAAAGAAAGCAUUUUGAGGGUUCAUAUUCAUCCUAUCAUACUCUUUUUAAACAAAAUAGUAAAUAAUGCAUUAUCAGGAACGCCUGAAAAAUCUUGAAGUGAAAGAAGGUACGUUUAAAGUCUAAAAUAAACUUCAUUUUUUUAUUAUUUGCACAUUACAAACUUCCUAUUAAGAACAGAUCUGAGAGAUCAACUCUGUUGGAUGAAUUUUAUACAGAGAUACAGAUUGGGAUAGGCCCAUCAAGUCACUAUAAAACUACUGCAUAAUAAAAUAAUUAUUAUUAUAUUAAAGUUUAGGUUUUUAUCUUAUGUAUAACAUGAUGAAAAGCUUUUCUGAUUGAAGGUGGGAUUUUUUCCCCUAUUGUAUGUCGAAUUUAAUAGAAAAAUGUGUACAGGUUUUCUCGUGAUAUUUUGUAACAAAGUUAUUUCACAAAGGUACUUUGCCUGUCAAAAAUACUGUAAAAGUUGUUCUUCAAUAAUUGUUAUAUUUGUUCGACUUGGAUGUUUCUCAAAGAUUGUUUUUCAUUAUUUAAUGUGUUCAAUAAUAUUUUUAAAUGACUAAAUGUAUGGAACGUGAA